AAUAAAUUAUUGGAACCUUUUUCGCGCGGGCAGGGAGGAAAGGAAACUAGCAAUUCGUGUAAGUAAUAGGAUGCCGAAAUUGGGUAAUUGAAAUUGGCCCUAGAGUGGUGGUGGAACUUUUGGGUGUUGUGGGACACACCCUCCGAUGAUCAUCAGCUGUUCGAUUGAUGGAUUGAUGAUCACAUGCAUAAUCUGCGGCAAUUCGAUCGCUGUAUCCAAUUGAGCUGUAAGCCAGGACGCCGCGAGUCGCUCUACCUUGAAGCUGGUGGCAUUUCUCGGUCAUUAUCUACGAUUGAAAAGAGUUGACUCAUCCUUAAGGAUAGUCAGUAAUUUGUUAAACAUCAACUAGACUAGACUGUUCAUUGCUCUUUUCUCAUUCGCUAUUUUGUGUUGAAGUGAGCAUAAAGUGUAAGCCAUGGUGGCAAUUAAUAAAGGAGGCCAAACGAGCAGUUCGAAUAGGACUUUCCAUCUGAGCAGUAUUGGACUUGCUAUACAGGCGUUCUACAUCAACUUGACCAUCGACCAGGUCAACGGGAGCGAACAGUUUCAUAUAAAGCCGAUUGGUCCGCCGAUCUACAGCCCCUCCUACCAGGGUGGCAACUUUGUGGACGCCGGUGACAUUGGCAAGUUUGCUUUUGACACCCUGUCGCAUUUCGUUGACAAGGGUGGCAACACUGGAGGAUUCAACCAGCAGAGCGGCUACCAUGAUGGACUCAACAAGAUGAACAAUGGAUAUGACGUCGGGCGAACUUAUGGAGGUGCCUACAACUACGGACGAGGGGGCAAAAUAGGAGGGCAGUUUGGCCAACAGACCGGUCGCAACAAGGGACAUGUGGCCUCUGGAUUCGCCACUUCCUACAGGAAAGAUGAACGCGGAGACAAUUCGGCGUACUACGACGACGGAAUGGGUAGUGGCGGGCAAGUCAUAUAUGCUGCUCACGAUUCCAGAUUCCGUGAUGGAGGUGAUGAUGGAUACAGGGGAGGAUACCAUGACUCCACAUUGUUCAAGAAAGCGAAAGGAAAUCAAGGGCAAUACGGCCAUGGAGUCAAUUACUAUGGAAAAGGGCAUCAUGGAGGCCUGGGUGGUUAUGGACAGGGUUAUGGCUAUGGCAGCAAUUACUAUAAUAAAGGUGGCAAAUUUCUAGGCGCUGUUAAGCCAGCAUUUGGUUAUGGACCUUUGAUCAAGAGUUCGGGAGCCUAUGUUGUUCCAAUGCCUUCAAAACUGUACUAUGACUAAAUUUCGGGUAUAUCAUUCCUGAAAUCUCUAGUCACUCAGCUUCAUUGAUUUCAUGGGACUUCUACUCACAAUUCUUGUGUAAUGAUUGACAUUGAUCAAAAAUCUUCGUCUCUGGAAAAAAAUCCAUUUUCCAGUCUAGGUACUCUUUAGGAUUUAUAUUCCUAAUUUAAGUAUAUUUACCUACUUCAAUACUCUUGACCUUGAACUUUUGUAGUCUGUGACUACUUCUCCAGUAGUAAACUAAUUAAAUAUCUGGUUCAUCUUUAUCAAUAAUGUACUUGGAAAAUGUCUAAAUGAAUUUCAAUACCCCUGUUGGGAAUCGGAUAUUGGCCUCCAUAUUCUGUCUGUAUACAGAAUGAAUAAAAAGUAUCUAGAUACACAUUGAAAACCUGAUUCAACACGUGAGUUUAGUUUUCUUAGAUUGUUAAUCUUUCACAAUUUCAGUCAUGAACAAUUAUUUAAGUAUGCGAUGUAAUUAGAAUUAUUAUAAAAUGUAAGCCUACCUUGAUGUUUAAUUAGUGUUUAUAUUUAUAUGUUAUCAAUAUUGACUAAGGCCUUUGUAAUUGUUGCUUUUAACAACUGUUUUUUCCUCCUAAUAGAAAUAUUGAUGUAUCUUCAGUUCUAUAUUUGACUAUUAAUUUAUUGUAGCUUAUAUUUAUUUAUUGAUGAUCUAUAUUUAUUUAUUUUUUAGGAUUAUAUUAUUGAUCCUUGAAACACGAAGAAAAUGUAUGCGAUUUCUAGUUAUUUAUCUACUUAUGGAAUGAAAAGUAUUAAAAUGAAUUAACAUCUAAUAUUAUAUUUUAAUUUAGCUCGACUAUAGAGAAGAUAACACUCUGCUAAGCAUUUCUUGAUAUUUUUUAUAAUCAGUUUAAAAGAUUGAUCGAGUAAGUUAUAAUUUAUUCUGAGUUUUUAAUAAAUGGAUAAAUUUAUUGUGAAGUGGUGAAAUGUGGUAAGCAAUUGAAAAAUGAUCAGACUGUACAGUAUUUUUUCAAUAAACUUUGAAACAAUAGAAUUAAAAUUUUCUUUUUCUCUAAUGGAUUCUGUAGGUCUUUUGUGUGCUUUUGAGCUUUUUUCUGCAAUAAUAAUGAUUUAUUCCAUGAUUUAAAAACACAAUUCAUCAAAACGAUUCGCGAAGGACCAACAAGCACAGCCCAAAACUGUUCCUUCCACGAAUUUUAUUUAAUUCAUAAAGUAAGUCAAAAAAGUGUGUUAUGUUUCAUUAUGAUUAUAGUAAUUAAAACCGUAUACUUACAAUUAUUAUAAUGAUUGCAUUAUUUUAUGAAUAUUUUUUGUAUUAUUCAUCUGUGACCACAGAAUACAACCAUGUAUUGUGCUGUGACUGCAUGCAAAACAAGAGACACACGCCGUACAUUCAAGCCUCCCGCCAUUCGCUUUUUGAUCUAAUAGGCACUGAAAAUUUUAUAUAAAGUUUUAAAAGUUUUAUAUUUCAAGUUAGUGAUGGAUGAAAACAAAUUUAUGAACGAGGAUUUUAUAUCUUUUUUUGGUUUUAUUGAAAUCAACUUAUACUGUAGAGAAAUUUUAAAUUUCAAUUCCUGUGUAGAUAAUGAGUAAUCUAGACACAGAAUAGGUAUCUAGACAGCAGUGACAACUUGACAACAACGGAUCAAAAAACAACAAACAUAUUUUGGUAUCGGAGGAUAAAUAAUGUUUAAUGUCUUAAUUUAGGUUUUAAAUUGAAUUUGUGCUAAGAAAAAUCUCAUAUUAUGGGAGAUUUAAAAGAUAAAAGUAUUCAUUUGACUGCUGAAAAACUAGCUGAGGAAAUAAAAGGGAUGAAAGUCUACAAGGAUUUCUAUAAAGAUUUACAGGUUAGUGAAGAAUUUUGAAAUUUUUGAAAUGUAUUAUUUUUUAUUAUACUGGUCCUGUUUCAAUUUAUUAUUAAAUUUAAG